GUCGUGUGUGUGUUUGUGAAGUUAGUGUUUACCAGUGUGCUUGAACGUAACGCCAUGGUUGGUUUCCACAGCAACGAUUGACAACAGACGAAGAUGGUUUAUAUUACAGAGGAUCUUAUUCGGCGGCGAUCCGAGCACAACGAGUGCCAAAUCUUCUCCCUAGAGGAGGUAUCUCUGCACCAGCAGGACAUCGAGAGGAUCGAGCACAUUGACAAGUGGUGUAGAGACCUGAAGAUCCUCUACCUGCAGAACAACCUCAUUCCGAGGAUCGAGAACGUGGGCCGCCUAAAGAAGCUCGAGUACUUGAAUCUGGCCUUGAACAACAUUGAGGUCAUUGAAAACCUUGAAGGCUGCGAGAGUCUUCGCAAGUUGGACAUGACAGUGAAUUUUGUGGCUCGUCUGAGCAGCGUGGAGACGCUGAAAGACAACAUCCACCUGCGAGAGCUCUUCCUGGUGGGGAACCCCUGCACUCAGUUUGAAGGCUACAGAGAGUUCGUGCUGGCCUCGCUGCCACAGCUCAAGUCGCUGGAUGGGAUAGACAUCACAAAGUCGGAAAGGAUCAGAGCAUCUCAGCGACUGGAGGAGGUGAGGAGGCAUGUCCUGGAGCAGGAGGAGGAAUACGUGAAGAGGAGAGCCAAGGAGAAGGAGGAGGCGCAGAAGAAGGAGACAGGAGAAGAGACAGGAAGUCAGGAGAGGGAAGGAGGCCUCGGCAGUCCCACCUUGGAGGAGAAGAAGGAGAUGGUGGAGACUACAGAGUUGGAUGAGGAGCAACGUGAGAAGGAAUUCUGGAACACUCCAUGUCCUUUCACCCCAGAAUCCCGUCUUGAGGCUCACCGCCACCUUGAGGAGAAGAGGCGGGCCAAGGAGAAAAGCAACGAAAAGAAAGCAAAGCCCCCAAGGACUCUGAUAACGGCUGAUGGACGAGUCUUGAAUGUCAAUGAGCCCAAGCUGGACUUUUCUCUGACUGAAGACGAUGACUACAACAGGAUUCUCCUAGACCUGCCAGUGUACAGACACAUGGACACCUCCUUGAUGGACGUGGACGUGCAGCCAACGUACGUCAGAGUCACCAUCAAAAGAAAGGUGUUUCAGUUGCUUCUGCCAGCUGAGGUCAAACCUGACAGUUCCACGGCUCAGAGGUCCCAAGCUACAGGCCACCUCCUCCUGAUCAUGCCAAAGGCUCAAGGUGAAAUCAAGGUGACAAAGACCGGCGCACGUCCGUUCAGAGAGGACCACCACCAUCGAAACUCGCCUGAUGACAAAAAGAGAGAGCAGAAUGUUCCAGAGAGGCUGGAGGUGGACUCCAGCAAAGCCAUGGACCUCGCCAACAUCGUACCAUGCCACAGCGCCACCAAAGGUCCACUGGAAGCAUCUUCAUGGAGUCAAACCGCCGUUUCACACUCUGAUGUUCCUUCUGAGGACUUUGUGGACAAUCCAGAUGUGCCACCACUCAUUUAGUCCUUCUGACUCCACUCUCUCCCAUGGACCCACCUGCUACCAGGAUGUACAAAGUGGUCAUCCAGUCAGCAGCCAGGCCUACAAUGUCUGAUUCCCUUGUGCAGUCAUAAAUGUUUCACAGCUCAGUGGAUGUCCAAGAAAACCUGUCAUGCUAUCAUGCUGUUACGAUAUGCUGUCAUUCUAUCAUGCUGACCUGGUGGAAUGAAGAAAAAGAUGAAACUGAUAAGAUGAUAGGAUGAAGAUGUUGGCUCUGCAGUGCUAACAUGGCAAAAAGGAAAAAUGUGCUCGCCUGAUUUUUGUGCUUCAGAGCAUAAUGUCCUCUGAAAGGCUCAGCAGUCACGACCUCUCCAUGUUUAGGACAUGGCUUCAAUGUUUGUAAGCUGCAGAAGAAUUUGUGAGAAAAGUACUAAAACCAUCCAUGUUGGAUCAGACUGACUCCACUAAGUAGAAAAAAACAACACCUGCAUCCUCCUCUGCUCUACUCAGUGAUUUCUGUCUGUUGCCAUGACAACAAAAGCUUUAAAUACUCCAACUCAUGGUGCUGACUCGGGUCAGGCGGCCACUACUUUGCUCUUCUUCCUCGUCUCAUGUCAAGCUCUGAACUUCAUUUUUUACACCAUCCAUCUUCUAUUCCGCUUAUCCUCAUUACGGUCGCAUGGACGCUGCAAUCUAUCCCAGCUGACUUCGGGAUAGAUUGUACC